UGGCACUACAGACCAUUCUGCUGACACAGACAGUCCUCUGGGCUGCAGCACAGACCCCACCAUGCAGAAUACUAGGGAGAGCAGCCAAGCCCAGCUUCUAUCAACAUGGAGACAUCAACAUCGGCGGGGUCUUCUCCUUGCACAGCCAACCCAGGGAAACAAGCAUGAAAUUCACAGGAGCACCAGAGCCCGUUGACUGUGUACGAGUUAAUUUCAGAGAAUAUCGACUGGCCCAGACCAUGAUCUUCACCACUGAAGAAAUAAACAACAGAACUGACCUCCUCCCAGGUGUAUCUCUUGGAUAUAAGAUAUAUGACACCUGUGCUUCUUCAACAAUCUCUAUACGGUCAGCGAUGGCUCUAAUGAAUGGUUAUGAGGAAAUACUGACAGACACAUCAUGCUCCACACCAGCAGCAGUGCAGGCCAUCAUUGGAGAAUCUGGAUCUACUAACACAAUUGCAAUUGCUGCAACAGUUGGAUUACUUAAAAUUCCAGUGAUCAGCCACUUUGCUACAUGUGCAUGUCUGAGCAACAGAAAAGAAUUCCCCACAUUCUUCAGAACCAUUCCCAGUGACUAUUACCAGAGCAGAGCACUGGCUCAGCUGGUGAAGCAGUUUGGCUGGACCUGGAUAGGAGCAGUGAGAAGUGACAGUGACUAUGGCAACAAUGGGAUGGCCACAUUUAUUGAAGCUGCUCAACAAGAAGGGAUCUGUAUUGAGUAUUCUGAGAAAUUUCACAGAACAGAACCAGAAAAAUUACUGAAGGUUGUAGAUGUUAUCAAAAGAGGUACUGCAAAGGUUAUUGUAGCAUUUCUUGCUCAGGGGGAGAUGAACCACUUACUGGAGCAGCUGACGCUUCAGAAUAUCAUAGGUCUCCAAAUGGUAGGCAGUGAGGCCUGGAUAACGGCAAGCAAUCUAGUGACACCAACAAGUUUCAGAAUACUGGGAGGGUCUAUUGGCUUUGCUGUCCCCAAAGCCAAAAUAAAUGGCUUGAGAGAGUUUGUGCUGAAACUUCACCCCUCCCAAAACCCAAACAACAGUGAUAUUGUAGACUUUUGGGAAACUGCUUUUCAAUGUUCUCUGACCAAUGGAGUAAAUUUACCCCCCUGUUCUGGAUCCGAGAGCUUAAUUGAACUGAAAAACCAAUAUACUGAUGUAUCAGAGCUGAGAAUCUCCAACAAUGUUUAUAAAGCAGUAUACGCUGUUGCUCAUUCUCUACAUGACCUGCUGGCAUGUACACCCCAUCAAGGCUGCACAAACCAUGUGAAAACAGAGCCCUGGCAGGUCCUUACGACUCUGAAAAAUGUAAAUUUCACUCUGGAAACUGGAGAGAAAGUCUAUUUUGACAGUAAUGGAGACCCAGUAGCCAGAUAUGAGGUGGUGAACUGGCAGCUUGGCCCUGAUGGUGCAGUAGAGUUCAGAGUGGUCGGCGACUAUGAUGCUUCUUUACCACCUGGUCAGCAGUUUGUGAUGAGUCCUGUUAGUAUGGUAUGGGCAGGUGGGCAAAAACAGAAACCCAGGUCAGUGUGCAGUGAGAGCUGUCCCCCAGGCACAAGGAAGGUCGUGCAGAGAGGAAGGCCUGUCUGCUGCUAUGACUGUGUGCCCUGCGCUGAGGGAGAAAUAAGCAAUAUUACAGAUUCUAAUGACUGCACUCAGUGUCCAGAAGCAUUCUGGUCCAAUUCCAAAAGAGAUCAGUGUGUUUUAAAGGCAGUUGAAUUUUUGUCUUUUCAUGAAAUCAUGGGAAUCAUACUCGUCAUUUUUUCACUCCUUGGAGUGUGUGUAACUGUACUUGUGGCUGUGCUGUUCUUUAUAAAGAAGGACACCCCCAUUGUGAAAGCCAACAACUCAGAGCUGAGUUUCCUGCUGCUCUUUUCAUUGAAACUGUGUUUCCUUUGCUCUCUUACCUUCAUCGGCCGGCCCUUUGAUUGGUCCUGUAUGCUGCGCCACACUGCGUUUGGGAUCACCUUUGUCCUCUGCAUCUCUUGUGUUCUGGGGAAAACAAUAGUGGUGUUAAUGGCCUUCAGGGCUACACUUCCAGGCAGUAAUGUCAUGAAGUGGUUUGGGCCUCCCCAGCAGAGAAUGAGUGUUCUUGCUUUCACUCUCAUACAGGUUCUUAUUUGUGUGCUUUGGUUAACAAUAUCCCCUCCAUUCCCCAACAAGAACAUGAAGCACUACAAAGAAAAGAUCAUUCUAGAAUGUGAUGUAGGAUCAGCAGUGGGGUUCUGGGCUGUGCUGGGUUAUAUUGGGCUCCUCUCUAUAUUGUGCUUUGUUUUAGCUUUUCUGGCUCGUAAGCUGCCUGACAACUUCAACGAAGCCAAAUUCAUCACAUUCAGCAUGCUUAUAUUCUGUGCAGUCUGGAUCACCUUUAUACCAGCGUAUGUCAGCUCACCUGGAAAGUUCACUGUAGCUGUGGAAAUCUUUGCAAUUUUAGCUUCCAGCUUUGGUUUGCUUUUCUGUAUUUUUGCACCUAAGUGUUACAUCAUUCUUUUAAAACCUGAAUUAAACUCAAGAAGACAUGUGAUGGGCAAGAUGCUCUCAAAAUCUCUUUAGAUUAAUAAAUCAAAUGGUUGGAAAUAAUAAUAAUUUGUAGUAAAUGCUGGGUUAAAACAGUAAGAUAUGCUGUAAGUACAUACUGAUAUACCAGUCAACAUUAGAACAAAUGUUGGACAUAUGUUGAACAAACAAAUAAAUUAAUAAAUUCUCUUCCAAGUGAGAGAUGAUU